CCUCCCCAGCCCAGCCCAUCCCCUCCCCACCCCACACACCCGAAGGGAAUUUCCCCUCCUCUUCCCAUGAAGGCGCAAGGGUGCCCCGCUGGCCACGCCAGGACAUCUGGCCAUCGCCCGAGCAGCGGCAGCACCAUGAUCCGGCUGGGGAGACUCUUCCAUCUCCUGACUUUGAUCAAGUUGCCGUGCUGCCUGCUGGAGUUUCUCCUCUCUGCGGUGGCUCACGGACAGGAGAUGUACGCCCCCCACUCCAUCCGGAUAGAGGGGGACAUCACCCUGGGGGGGCUCUUUCCCGUCCACGCCAAGGGACCCACCGGAGUGCCUUGCGGGGACAUCAAGAAAGAAAACGGCAUCCACCGGCUCGAGGCGAUGCUGUACGCGCUGGACCAGAUCAACAGCGACCCGGACCUGCUGCCCAACGUGACGCUCGGGGCUCGGAUCUUGGACACUUGUUCCAGGGACACCUAUGCAUUGGAGCAGUCGCUCACUUUUGUCCAGGCGCUGAUCCAGAAGGACACCUCCGACGUGAGGUGCACCAAUGGGGAACCACCGGUCUUUGUCAAGCCAGAGAAAGUAGUUGGAGUGAUUGGGGCAUCUGGAAGUUCAGUGUCCAUUAUGGUAGCGAACAUCUUAAGGCUUUUCCAGAUUCCCCAGAUCAGUUAUGCCUCAACAGCACCAGAAUUAAGUGAUGACAGGCGCUACGAUUUCUUCUCACGAGUGGUCCCUCCAGAUUCCUUCCAAGCACAGGCAAUGGUUGACAUUGUAAAAGCUUUGGGGUGGAAUUACGUGUCAACAUUGGCAUCUGAAGGAAAUUAUGGAGAAAAAGGAGUGGAGUCCUUCAUGCAGAUUUCCAGAGAGGCAGGUGGCCUCUGCAUUGCCCAGUCCCUGAAAAUUCCCCAGGAUCGCAAAGAGAAGACCAUCGACUUUGAUAAAAUUAUCAAGCAGCUCCUGGACACUCCCAAUGCCAGGGCCGUUGUUAUUUUUGCCAACGAUGAGGACAUAAAGCAGAUCCUUGCAGCAGCAAAAAGGGCUGAUCAAGUCGGUCAUUUUCUGUGGGUAGGAUCAGACACUUGGGGCUCCAAAAUAAAUCCGCUAAUUCAGCAAGAAGACAUUGCUGAGGGAGCAAUCACCAUUCUGCCUAAGAGAGCAACCAUAGAGGGAUUUGAUACCUACUUUACCACGCGCACCCUGGAGAAUAAUAGAAGAAAUGUGUGGUUUGCAGAGUAUUGGGAGGAGAACUUCAAUUGCAAGUUAACGAUUAGUGGAUCAAAAAAGGAAGACACAGACCGUAAAUGCACAGGGCAGGAGAGAAUUGGAAAAGAUUCCCAUUAUGAACAAGAGGGGAAAGUUCAGUUUGUGAUUGAUGCUGUGUAUGCCAUGGCUCAUGCCCUCCAUCACAUGAACAAGGAUCUUUGUGCCGAUUACCCUGGGAUCUGUCCGGAGAUGGAACAAGCAGGAGGCAAGAAAUUGCUGAAGUAUAUACGCAAUGUUAACUUUAAUGGCAGUGCUGGCACUCCAGUGAUGUUUAAUAAAAACGGUGAUGCACCGGGGCGCUAUGACAUCUUUCAGUAUCACACAACAAACACCACCACUCCAGGCUACCACCUGGUUGGCCAGUGGACCGAUGACCUGCAGCUCAACCUCUACAUACAAACUACCACACUUACAAUAUCCAUGAACUUAAGUGCUUCAGUGGCCCUGGGGAUGCUUUACAUGCCGAAAGUGUACAUCAUCAUCUUCCAUCCUGAACUAAAUGUCCAGAAACGGAAACGCAGCUUCAAGGCCGUAGUGACGGCAGCGACCAUGUCAUCACGGCUUUCGCACAAAGCUAGCGACAGGCCCAAUGGGGAAGCAAAAACAGAACUUUGUGAAAAUGUAGACCCAAACAAAUGCAUACCACCAGUAAGAAAGAGUGUACAAAAAUCUGUUACUUGGUACACUAUUCCACCUACAGUAUAGCUUUUGCCUGCUUUCCAAGAAGGCCCUGCUGCAAAAAAGAAGUAUGUCAGUUAUAAUAACCUGGUUAUCUAGUCCAUUUCUUCAGACAGAGUUGAGG